GUGCCAGUGUGUGCCUAGGAGGGAGAGCGCCCCACCCAGCAAACAGAUUUAAUGCUUUCCAGCAGCACAAACACACAGACAUGUUACACGUGUAGCAUUUAAUAUUUGCAAACAAGACCAAGCGCCUGCCCGUAUUUAGCAGCAACAAUGCAAGCGACAUGGCUUCUCUGCCUCUGGGUCCUGCUGGGAUGCACCCACCUGGGGUCCCUUGGUUUGCCCAUGGAUGAGUCCAGCGAGCAAGAAAUGGGUGACGUUUAUAUCGCCAAAGAUUCCUACGACUGUGCCAAACUGAAUGGAAACUGCCUGCAAAGAAAUUGCCCCCAAGGCACCACUUGGGCUUUUACAUGCAAUAACCGAAUGGAUAACUGCUGUGUGCCAGACUGAGAGGGGGCUGCUACCGUGAUGAAGAUCCAGGGUGUUACAGCAGGGUGGCACGGUGCCCCUUGGGCUGUUACCGGGUCACUGGGGGGGGGGGGAAUUGUGUGACGCAACAAUAAAAUCGGAGCAAAUGCUUUUUGGGACCCAGGGGGGUUCUGAUAAUUGUG